CUGACCAUUGGAACAUCACAACUACGUGAACCAAAAUAUUAUUGUAUCAUCAUGAAAUUCCUGAUUGUUGUCGCCCUCGCCGUUGCGGCCGUGUGCGCUGAUGAAGAUGUGAAGAAGACCGAGAAGCGUGGUAUCUCUAGUCUCGGCUAUGGUGGUCUCGGCUACGGCGGUCUCGGCUACAGCGGUCUCGGCUACGGUGGCCACGGUCUGGGAUAUGGCUCUGGCUACGGUGGACUCGGACACGGCAGCUAUGUUGCACCAGUAGCCGUCAGCAAAGUGGCGUACACCACCGCUCACGGCGGAUAUGGCGGUUACUCCGGUCUCGGCGGAUACUCCGGUCUCGGCGGGUACUCCGGUCUCGGUGGAUACUCUGGUCUCGGUGGAUACUCUGGUCACGGAUACUCUGGCCUUGGUGAGUUACGCGGUUACUCCAAUGGUUACUCCGGCCAUGGUGGCUACUACAGCUCGCCCGUCUACAGCGGAUACGGAUACGGCGGACACGGUCUCGGCGGUUACAGCGGUCUCGGUCUCGGUGGUUACAGCGGUCUCGGCCACUACGGACAUCACUAA